CUCAGUCCCAGCAUAGUAAGCCCAAACACAAAUCUCUUCAGGAACUUCUAACAUCUAUUGCUCUCAAAUGCUUCUGUUUCUGCAGAAACUCUCUCUUUCAGAUGAUGAUCCUCCACCUGUGAUUUCUCAGCCUAUGUUUCCGUAACUGUUUCCCCACCUUUCUGCUCACAAUUCUCUGGUUCUUUCCCGCUACUCUGUUUUUUGUUUUCCUUUUUAACCUCAUUUACUCUCACUUUGCCACUUUGGCCAAAUCCAAAACUUCCAAGUUCUUUUUGCGUAGCUCGCAAUUCUUGAAUGUUCAUUUGAAAGCUUCUUUUGAUCCUAGAGGAAAGGAAGGGCUAGAUUUUUUUUGUUGUCCUGCCCUGUUUCCUGCACUCCAUUUAUGAGAUCUCACCCCCUGCAAAUACCCUGUUUUUAACCCCUAGAACGAAAUGGAAAAGGUUCCAGAAGACCAGAACCCAUUCUCACAAGACAACAUUGACAUCGGAUCGUCACUGUCUCAACUGAUUUUAGCUGGUGGAGGCAGCACCAUAGACUCUAUCUUCUCCUUAUGUUCAUCACCAUCGCGAAAGCCAGCACCAACUCCUGCUGCAAUCACAGGCACAAUCACCGGCUCCUCUGAUUUUGAGCCGCUGGGCUCCUCCGUUUAUCUCCUCCAAAGAGAUCUCCUCCACAAGUUCUCUCAGAGAAACAGGUCAGCAUCAAACUUCUCGUACGCAACAACCCCGCUUCAGACUGCAGUGGGUUCGACCACUUACCCGGGUCCAUGCAAGAAGAAGCUCUACAGGGGGGUGAGACAGAGGCAUUGGGGCAAAUGGGUGGCGGAGAUCAGGCUCCCACAGAACAGGAUGAGGGUGUGGUUAGGCACGUACGACACUGCUGAAGCGGCUGCUUAUGCAUAUGAUAGGGCUGCUUAUAAAUUAAGAGGUGAAUAUGCGAGGUUGAACUUCCCGAACCUUAAGGAUCUGAGCAAGUUGGGGUUUGGCGACUGCUCGAGGUUGAAUGCUCUGAAGAGCUCGGUGGAUGCUAAGAUACAGGCCAUUUGCCAGAAGGUGAAACGGGAGAGGGCUAAGAAGAGUUCAAAGAACCGUAGCGGUAGUGCCAGUGGUGGUGUUGGUGGCAAGAGCGAGAGUGAGAAAGUUAUGAAAGUCGAUUCUUCCUGCUCUUCAUUGUCGUUGUCGCCACCGUCACCGCUGUUCUUUGGCGAAGAGGAUUGGACAAGCGAACUGAUAGCAUCCGACGUUUCAGACGAUGGUUUUUGGAAGUGUGAGAGUUCGCAGCCUUCUUGCUCGGUCGAUGGCUCGGUUGUUGUUGCUGACGAGUUGGGGAGCGAAGGAUGCUCGCUUGCUAAAAUGCCUUCGUUUGAUCCGGAGUUGAUCUGGGAAGUUCUUGCGAAUUAGAUGCAGGAAACUUUUCUAGCAUGAAUAGCAGAGGAAUUUUGCGCGUAGUGGAAAGGAGUUCAUCUACAUGAUCGGAACUCAGUUGGCAUCGUGUAAAUUUAUGGUUUUAUUAGUCUCUUUAGGUUGUUCAGUACGAGUCUUUCCAUCUAGUCUGGCUCUCUAGUGUAUCAGGACGAUAAUGUUUCAUGUAGUAAGCCCCCGUAAUUACAUAGAAAUAUUACAUA